AUGAGUCAGAGAGACUCCUCAACGUCGAACGGCGAGAUCACACAAGGGAUCAACCCCUUGGGCUUGGAGAUCCGGAUUAUCCCUGGACGUGGUCGAGGCGUGUUCGCCCGAGAAGAUAUCUCAGCCAACAUCCUACUGGAGGAAUCCCCAGUCCUCCCUCUCACCCAAUCCCAAUGGGAAGAAGGGCGUAUGAACAACACCAUUUUAGGAGAGUAUGGAUUCUGUUGGUCCAAUGGAGGGAUGGCCAUUGCUUUGGGGACAGCUUCGCUGUUCAAUCAUUCGAAUCGGCCCAAUGUCAAUUUCAUCCGGAAUACCAAAUCAGGUACCAUCGCUUUCAGAACCGUUCGACCCGUAUCUGCAGGAGAGGAAUUGUGUAUUUGUUACAGUGCGGACGAGAGCAAAUUGUGGUUUCGGAACAGACGACUCGAAAUGGAAUCAGAGCUCAGAUCUCUCAAAGAUAUCCGCUUGGCCAAAUUUGUCACGAAACAACAAGCCCUGUCUAAUGAUACUUUGACCGCAUCCUCCGAGUCCGGAGAUCUCGAAAUUCAAUCACCUCAACCAGUGCCAUUCACCCAUGACAUCGUGUCUAUCCCUAAAUUCAGUCAGGAUAUACCGACUGCUCUAUCUCCUGAAACGCUUGGAGCUCUCCCUCCACCUCUUCACUCCACUGCAUCCCCAUCUCCAAACACUCCGCCAGAUAUAGGUGCGGCGGCGCUGGUGCCUGAUCUCGAAUGGAACGAGAGUGAUUGGGUAAACGUGUCAUCUGGAGAUCCACGAGCGGAAGCUUUGGGCAAUGUAGAGAGGGUCAGAGGGCAUGCAGAGAUAGACGAGGAGGAAGAUUUCAACGCAUUCAUGCAAAUCUGGGCAGUGGAUGUGGAUGAGCCACGGACGACUCGCUUCUUGCUCAACUUCACCAGGGAGAUGGACUUUGGCGAAUCGUCCAUGAGACACCUCAAACGAGUCUUCAAACGAACAAAAGCUGACGGGCAGGAGCGCCAAUCUGUCGCUCUGUGCACCCUUUCUCACAUGUCCAAAGAAUCCAUCACAUCAAGCAUGGCGACUUUUCACGAGUCACUCGCAUCUCUUGUGCCGUACAUUGCCACCGUUCCCACCGCAGCAGCACGUACCGAUUCUGAGCUCAAGGCCAAAGCCAAAAUCUGGCCCGUCAUCUUCUCUCCAUCGCAGCUCCGACCUACAACAUCGGAGACCUGGUCAGCUGCCCGUCGAGCCUGGGUACAAGCUGGUAUACAGCGUGCCAUUUCACUGGCGUUAGCCGCGAAAGAUCGUGGAGAAUUACCCAUUGGCGUCUUUUGUACUGCCCAGCCUGAGAUUUUCUGGCCAAGUCCAGAAGCGUUUAUUCCGCCCACGCCUGAUUUGAGGGCCUCUUCGACCGAUACGAGAUUAUCGACCGCGCAUCCUCUUCGGCAUUCCGUGUUGAAUUGCGUUAGGUCUAUUGCGUAUUUGAGGACCGUUCCUCCCUUUUCUCAACUUCAGCCGACUCGAAAUGGUGCCGAUUACCUCUUGACUUCCCUCUCAUUAUUCAUGACACAUGAACCGUGUGUCAUGUGUUCCAUGGCUUUACUCCAUUCUCGAGUCAAAGAAGUAUUCUACAUUUUCCCCAGGAGUCGAGGAGGUGGACUCAAUGGAAUGGGCGUACAUGGCCGAAAGGAUUUAAACCAUAAAUUCCAAGUUUGGGAAUGGAGAGGCGAAUUGGAGCAGAGUCUGAAGGAGGCUCUGAAAGUCGACGAGGACAUUGCCAUUUAGAAGGGCAUGAUGGAUGGGAUCUCUUUCACCCCCUGUUUGUAAUCUUAUACUGCACUGUUACACACACAUCGUUCAUCAUGUUUGCAGCACAUUGCCCAUUGUCGUGUUGUCUUUUUUUUUUCACUCUCCUUGUUGGCUACUGUGAUAUGUACAUCCCAGCCGAAUGAAUCUCCAAGU